AUGGCAGACGAAGGCCUGAAAGAUUUGUCUAAUCGUGAAUGGAAACGCGUCAUGGAACUCAUGGAAGAGCUGUCGACUGUCACGGAGCGGUCGUACACGAAUCCAUACAAUUCCCAUUACGGGGUAAUUAGAUCAAAACUAUGGCUGCCGGCGGUGGACCGAAGCAAGGAAGCGGAAAUGAAAUUUUUUAAAAUGAAUGGCUGGACAGAAUACCAAGCGGUCUACGACCGGUACGCGUUGAAGAAGUCUACCGAUGAGUAA